ACUUGUCUCUCACGUUUUCCUUCUCUAUUUAGAAUUUCUUCCAUUAUCGAACUUGACGAAACUUGUCUAUCACGCGUCUCUCGAGAUAAGUUCAUCACACUCUCUUAUUCUCUAUCUAUUCGUUCUCUCUUGUUCUUUCCCUCGUCUUAGCUCAAUCUUCUUCAAUGCCGCCGCGCACAAUUUAUAGUGAUCGGUUCAUUCCGAGCCAAGCCGGUUCAAACUUUGCUCUCUUCCACCUCCCACAUAUCUCAAUUUCGUCUUCCAAGGGUCGUGAGGGUUCGUCCGGUGCGUAUGCGUCCCUGUUGCGGACCGCAUUGUUGGGCUCCGACUCAGGGAAGAAUUUUCCGAUUGAACCACCAAGUCAGAAUAUUUUACGGUACAAGUACGACAAUAGGCAGCCAAUUCACUCUUUAUUUCCUUUGGGGUUCGAUGAUCACUUUUCCAGGGUUAGUCAUAGUCGGGUUAAGGCUCCGAGGGAGAUUCCUAGGAAUCCUUAUAAGGUGAAUUUCUUGGUUUGGUUUUAUUUUGUUCUGUUUAAGAUGAUUUAAAUUUAUGGGUAUUGUAUUGAAUUGCUUUCUUUCUUUUUUCUUUUUUUUCUCAUUAGGUUUUAUAUGCACCGGAGUUGAAAGAUGAUUAUUACAGUAAUCUUGUUGACUGGUCCACGCAUAAUGUGUUGGCGGUGGGUAUGGGUAACUGUGUUUAUACAUGGAAUGUUUGCAAUAAGAAGCUGACGAAGUUGUGCGACUUCGAGGUGGAUGAAAGUGUGUGUUCAGUUAGUUGGGCUCAGCAUGGAACGAAUCUUGCGGUUGGAACUAACAAGGGCAAAGUCCAGAUUUGGGAUGCAUCUCGCUGCAAGAGGGUACGAACUAUGGAGGGUCAUCAAUUGAAUGUUUUUGCACUAGCUUGGAGUUCAUCUCUCUUGUCAUCAGGUGGCAAGGACAAGACCAUUCUUCAACGAGAUAUACGUGCUCCUGAAGAGCAUGUUAGUAAGCUAACUGGACACCAAUCAGCGGUUUGUGGAUUGAAGUGGUCUUAUGAUAAUCACCAGUUAGCAUCCGGUGAUAAUGAUGGUCAACUUUUUGUUUGGAAUCAACAUUCAACUCUACCUGUGCUGAAAUACUGUGAGCAUACUGCGGCUGUAAAAGCAAUUGCAUGGUCCCCCCAUGCUCAUGCGCUUCUAGCUUCUGGUGGUGGUACUGCUGACCAAUGCAUGCGUUUUUGGAACACGAUCAAUAACUCACACUUGAGCUGCAUGAACACAGGAAGCCAGGUAUGCAAUCUAGUCUGGUCAAAGAACUCCAAUGAGCUUGUCAGCACACAAGGGUAUUCCGGAAACGAAAUUGUUGUUUGGGAAUAUCCUACAAUGUCGAAGUUGGCAACUCUCACAGGCCAUACACACAGAGUUCUUUACCUUGCUAUCUCUCCGAAUGGACAGAAUAUUGUCACAGGAUCUGGAGAUGAAACACUUAGAUUCUGGAAAGUGUUCCCUGCUAGUAAAUCUAGUAAAUCUCAGAAUAUUGAAUUUGGAGCAUCAUCUCUUGGAAGAAGUCAAAUCCGGUGACACUGCAAUUUCUACCUCAAUUUAUAGGUGUAUAGAGAGAUUUAUAGAUGUAUAGAAGAUAUAGAGAGAUUUAUAGAUGUAUACAGGGGAGGUGUUACGGAUACUCUAUGACUACUCCCUUGCAUUGUGUAAGUAAUUUGUAAAUAAAUUACUAUUCUUAAAUAGUAAUGUAAUAAUAAUGUAUUAGUC